CUGAUGGACGCAUGUGCGGCAGCUCGCUGUAGUGACUUGACUUCGCUUCCAACAUUGGACAUUUGUGCACCGAACAUUAAGCAAACACAAUAUAUUCUUUUAAAUAUAUACGUACGAACGCAUACAUACUGACAUGUAUGAGCGCACUAUAAAUUAAACUCGUUCGGAAUUUCUACAAAAAGCUUGUAGUGUGCGGUUCUUUAACGGUGCUGCGUGUUUAGCCGAGGCCGAAGCAAAGUAUUGUUAAUUUCUACUCACCUUUCUAAGUCUACUUUCUGUGCUCCAGAACGCAACAAUUAACUCAACAGCAUUGCAAAUAAAUAAUUGUCACGACGACGAACGCAUGGCGAACUCAAACAAAACUUAUUAAAUAGAAAAAUAAUUGAAAACUUCGACAAAUCGCGUAUUGACCGCAAAAUCUUAUUCAAAGACAUACAAUAAAAGGCAUACAAAAAAUAAGAAAAACAAAAAUCGAAAAAUAAACAAAAACAAACCAAACUUUGUAACAAAAGCAACGAAUUUGUUGUUGUAAUAUUUUGCCAAAAUUCUGUGCCGUGGAAAUUGUUCUAAUCUGCACUUCAGAAUAGCGCUGAAAUGCUGAAGUGGGUUAGCAAGGCGACGCGCCGCAGCGCGUGGCUAUCCACAACAAGAACAACGACAACAACGACGACGACGACGACGACGAAUGCCAAAAAGUCAACAGCAGCAACAACAGUGAAUACAACAACAAAAACACCAGCGACGGCAGCGCAUGCGCUGACCUCCAAAUCAACUUCAAUUAAUUUCGCCAUGUGGCUGCUAACAACCGUGUGUGUAGUGGCCGCAUUAGUGCAGGUGACAAAUGGAUUUAAGCCAAUUGAUGUGAAUAACAGUGAAGGACGAAAACUCUUCGGCGGCUACCGGAUAACACCGAAGCAUUGUCGCGCCACCAAAACGCUAGCGAUGAAUGACCCACGUAAAAAUGGACCCACAAUCUGUAUGUUCAAUCACGAGUGUGCGCAACGGAAUGGUGAAGUGGUAGGCGCGUGUAUGGAUGGUUUCCUCUUUGGCGCGUGUUGCCAAAUACCCAGUGAACAGGAUCUGGAGACUACGCUGCUAAAUGAUGCACAGAACUCCUACUAUCAACAACACCAACAGCAAAAGUUGCAAGAUGAGUAUGGCGGCGCCAACCAAGCGGUGGCACAAUCUUACGAAACAUAUGGCGAGAGUCAGCAACAGCACUCACAAGAGACCAAAUACAGUCCGCCAACAUUCAAGCCAAAAACAAAGCCACAGCGCAUACAGAAGCCGCAACAACAGCAGAAAUACAAGCCACAGCUACCGAUGCCCAUCUAUGGUGAUGUGGGGGACACGCCAUCCGAAGAGCUUAAGCAACCCGAAAACAGUUACACGCAAACAAAUAUAGAUAAAGUCUUCCAGCAGCUUGAGAGUAGCAGCAGCGCAGCAACUUCCUACGAAGCGCUGCAGACGCAGCUAGAAGACGCGGCCAGUAACAAGUAUCAAACGCAGGAAUCAGGGUCCAACACAAGCAACCUGUAUAUGAUGGAGUCGCUGGAAAGCGCACAACAGGAAAUUCAACCGUCAGUUGGACCCACUGCUUCCUAUUACGAGCAAGCGCAAUCCAUGCAAAUGGAGAGUCAACAAGCUGAUAGUCAACAGCAGGAGGAGGAGUUACAGCAACAACAGCAAGAGAAACAACAAGAACAACAGGCGCAGCAGCAACAACAGCACGAAAAUCAAGAUAUCUCGUUUGAGGGCGCUUCACAGUCUAGUUUGGCUAGUGAUGAUUCGAGCACGCAAUCUUCUAGCGUAGAGUGGGAGAAGGAAGCACAAAUGCAGCCGGAUCAAGUUGUUGCAAAUACCAAUAGUGUACAUGUAUCUUUCACCACCGCAGGCCCACCACUAAACGAUGACUUCGUUUUGGACCUGCUAAGCACCACAUUACCGCCAUCACUCGAAGAAGAGCCGACCUCGCUAACCACAACGGGUCUGCCAAUKCGCAUUGUGAAUGGACUCACCGAACCAAACAGCUCAUCGGAGUCGAACUCCUUCGAAGAGUUGCCAGUAACACAAAAUCCGGUGCAAGCCAAYGACUGGGAAGCGAAUACGACGGAAGAAGAUUCGAAAACCGAGCCGCAAGAGCAACAAACGGCCAAACCGCAACCCAAACCCAMACCAAAGCCACAGCAACAAACCAAGCGACCACAAGUACAAAUGUUUCGGCCACAACCACAAAGGCAACCGUCCCGACCACAAGUGCAACAGGCACAACAACAUAAACAGAAACCACAACAGCAACAGCAACAGCAACAUAACCACAACCAUCUCAUACUUGACGGCGCCGAGUUCACGCAUAGCGACAUCACACAUCCUGGCGCCGAUGCCGACUUAAUCGAGGAUGAUCUGCAAUUCUCAACCGGCUAUGGGCCACAGCCGGUGUACAUGGAAGCGCCUGUACGYCAACCUUCGCCUAUCAGCUAUCAACCAACAACCACUACAACAACAACGCAUACGUCAUUAGCGCCCGAGGACAAAUACGAUUUAGUGCAGAGCGUACACGAUGAGGAGGCUAGUAAAAAACCACCCACAUAUGGUGAGCCCACAACGGGCACCUCCAUCACCACACAUGUAGACUCCAUCGAAUCUAUAAUACUGCAGUUGAAUGGCACCACAAACCAUGGACCCACCUAUAAUAUUGUCAGUCAGCAACAACCGCAAACGAGUUCUUAUGAUGCGGCAGGCGAUGCAUCGGCAAGCAAAUAUGAACCAGCCGGUAGCGGUACAUAUUAUGGCACAACAACACCUAUCACAACAGGCGAAUUAGUGUAUGGCGGUGCAACAACAAAUUACUAUGAUGAAGUGGAGACCAAGCGCCCAGAGGAUUACUAUACCGAAAGUGAACAAUCGAAUACGCCGAACUACUCGCCGGUCACAGCGCAAGUACCCGCAUAUUUGGAGACUGAAAGCACCGACCUACAUUCCGCACAACAACAGCCUUCACAUUCGUAUGUGUCAAAGCCAUCUGUCAGCGCAGUCACACACGAAGUGCAAAGUUCAACGACCGCUGGCAAUUAUGCGGAAGACGCUGCCGCUGCGCUGGACGAACACACGAUACCGGCAAAUAAUUAUAACGAUGUAUUGCAAGCGUCGUCACACCAGACGCACGAGUUCAACAAAAUGCCCGUGCUCGGUAUUGCCUAUCCAGUUGAUAUGUCGCAUAUGGAGGAAGAGGGCAACUUUGCACCAGAUGUUGCAAGCAAUUACGGUCAUGUACAACAUGCAACCACCCAGGGCACAAUCGACAAAAUAGAUGAAGCUGAAACAGCGGACUCGAGCUACGCACAGGUACCUAUUAUUAGUGGCAAGCCACAACGUCCCGUAGCGCCGUAUGUUGGUAUGGUGAAUGUGCAGAAUUACAAUGGCGCCAAAUUGCCAACGACCGUUGUGUACAGUGAUGUGCCGCAGGAAGUAUCUGUCUCUUCGCAUGCGACUAAAGUACAAGAUACACAGGCAGCUUCGGCGUCCUAUCAUACACCUAAACCAGACACAUUGAGCACAAUCCAAUAUGUUGACAAAAGCACGRUCGCACAACGUCCAACAAUUAGCAAGACAACCGCAUCGGCCWAUUUGACUCCAACUACAACGCCGAUACCACCACGUCCACAAUAUAGCGYCGAACCUGUUGMUGUCACCUCAACAGCACGUCCUAUUUCCGGUAUAAUCACCUCGAGCGGUACUAGACCACGCCCGCGRCCACGUCCAAAACCGAGUACUACACGUCCGAAUAACAAAAAGAAACCGAGUGCAGCAAAGAAACCCACCACUGCCAGACCAUUGAGUACUUAUAGCCACACAGCAGCGCAACCUGCCAAUAAUUAUGGCGGCGAGCAGGUGCAAACAAAGAAACCAGCUGCACAACCCCCGAACAACUAUCAAAGUCCAACGCAAAAUACCAAGAAACCAGCCUCACAACUCGCUAACAAUUAUCAAGCGCCAAAUGUCAAUACCAAGAAGCCAACAGCGCAACUCUCGAACGACUAUCAAGAACCCAACUACAAUAAGAAGAAACCRGCACAACAACCAUCCAGCACGUAUAAUGACAACGCUCCAGAGAACGCAUAUGUGCAGCGACCAGUGCAAACGCAACAACCUGCGAAGAAACCAUCGAAACAACCCACCAAACAAAGUGUGAAGCGGCCAGUGAAACAACCGGCUAGCACCUACCAGCACAACAAACCCACAUACAUAAAGCGUCCUACUGCAACGCCACAGCCCAGCAACAACUAUAGCGCAAAACCCGCUGCAAAUACCUUUAAUGUUGAGCCGGUAUACCAGCGACCAGAGCAACAACCCACCUACAAUGCGGAGCCUGUGACCAGGAAACCAGCCAGUCAGUCGACAAAUGCAUACAAUGAUAAUACUUAUGGUACCACUGCGGCGACACAAAAACCCAUCAGUCACACGGCUGCCAUCUACGACGACCAUGUGGAUGAACAAAAUCUGCCCGAACAGGAUGCACAGUUGUCAACAGACAACUAUGACACUUAUGCACCAGAUACUAAACUAACCUCACAAGACUAUGGUCAAGACUAUGAUAAACCAGAUGCUGUCUACGAUCAAAAUGUUAAAGUACCACAACCCACUUUCGAAUCGGACGCAUAUUAUCCAGCGCCACAACCGUUGGGCGGCUCCACAAAUCGACCCAUUAUUGUACGCAAACCAAGUGUGGAAAGCGCAACACCAACCACAUCUCGUCCAUCCACAACAUUUAUUUACCACGAUUCCGAGGUACCGCCAAUCGUAACGGCCGAUGAUAAGCUCGACGUUUUCGUACACGGUACUGUGCAAUCGCAAGUUUAUGGCGGUGAUGCAAAGCCACAAUAUGCGGACCGUCCACAAUACACAUACGUACAUAAAAAACCUGGUUUCGUGAAGGUAACAUCGAAACCGAUAUCCACCACAAAUGGUGUUAUUACACCCAAGCCAACGCUAUUCACACUCAUCACAAAUAAUGAUUGGCCACAAAGACCGAGCAGCGCCGGCACGAUCUACGAUGACAAUGCAUUCCCGCCAACAACGYCAUUGCCCGCCUUCAGCAGCACCUCAUAUAUYUAUAGUCCCGUGGUGACGCGGCGGCCCGACUUGGCUAUAAACACGCCCGAAUAUGUCAACCUAGCCGGUGUCACAACGAAUGACUUCGAUGAUCCAGGUUACUAUGGUGCGCAGCAUGUCGCACAAAACGUUGCGCAGAAUGGUGUGCAUCCGGCCUUCACGCAAUCGAUAGCCGAUACCGAGUAUGGUGUACCCUCCGAUGAUCGUCCCGCAUUCCCAGGCUACUAUGGACCAACACCCACUUAUCCGCCAUUCGCCAUACCUGGUGAGAAACUGGGCGCGCCAGUCGAAGAGGAAACCUACACUUCGCCCAAUGACUUUGUGAACUUCCCACCUGUGCGUAAUCCCAACCUCAAUAUGUCGGCAACAUCGAGCGCCGUCACUACCGAUUUGGAACUGUCGACACCUGCCUUCGUUGAAGACGGUGUUUUGAAGGACAAAAUGAACACUUUAGUGCACAAGAUUGUCGAAUCGCUGCAGGGCAACUUCGACGCGCUGGCCGACAUGAUUGACGAAUCAAAUAACACUGCGCCGGCCGGACCACCAGCAACAUAUCAAGCGGCCGGCGCAGGCGCUGGUAGCGCGGCUACAACACGCAAACCGACAAGAAAACCAACACGAAUAGCCACACAAAAACCGACCACGCGACGACCAGCAACACGUGUUACCACCAAACAACCGACGCGUCGACCGGCAAACACUACCAGACGUCCGGCUACGCGACGUCCCACAACAACCACRCGUCGGCCGACUACGCGCAAGCCGACACGUCGUUUAACGACCACAACAACAACGCAAGCACCAGCCCAAGAUGAGUUGGUGGAYGAAGAGGAUGAAGAGGACGUAAAUCCGUUGGAUAAUGAGAUCGGUGACCAGGAUGAAGUUUAUGCUGGCGCUGGUGGACGCAAAUUUAAAUGCGGCGUACGGCCACACAUCAAAUCUGGCAGAAUUGUAGGCGGCAAAGGUUCCACAUUCGGCGCUUACCCAUGGCAAGUGCUCGUACGUGAAUCCACAUGGUUGGGACUUUUUACCAAGAACAAAUGUGGCGGCGUUUUGAUAACGAAUCGUUAUGUCAUCACAGCGGCGCAUUGUCAGCCGGGUUUCCUKGCCUCGUUAGUCGCUGUUAUGGGUGAGUUUGAUAUCUCAGGCGAUUUGGAGAGUAAACGUGCUGUUACGAAGAAUGUGAAGCGAGUCAUUGUCCACCGUCAAUACGAUCCGGCGACAUUCGAAAAUGAUUUGGCGUUGCUUGAACUCGAGAGCCCAGUACAAUUUGACACACAUAUAGGGUGACAGCGGUGGUCCAUUGGUGCUGCAGCGACCUGAUGGUCGUUACGAAUUAGCCGGCACUGUAUCGCACGGUAUCAAAUGUGCGGCGCCAUAUCUGCCCGGUGUAUAUAUGCGUACGACAUUCUACAAACCGUGGCUGCGCAGCAUAACGGGUGUCAAAUAAAUGACCCGCACAGCGCACAGCGAAAGCAACAGUCGGAGCCACAACACCAACAACAGCAACAAAAGUACAUAAAGCAACGCAAUAGCAAUAACAAUACCAACAUUGUCAUUAUACAUAUUAAAUACAGUUAGUUAGGUAUACAAAACGAUUACAUAUACACA